UUUAUAAUGGAAUAGCCCGAAGAGUGCACAGAAGAUCCAAGAUGGCGACAGUUGAAAAUGACCCCGUUUCGCAAGCGAUUUGGCAACUAAAAAGAGGCACAAACAACGUUGUCUACAGUUCUCUGGUCAAGAUUCGGACGGAAUGUAUAAAAAGGGAAGGCGGGGUGUCCAAAUUCCGUGAAUUGGGAGGGAUUCAGGCGUUAAUUUUGCAAAUUCAAAGGCCUAACCCGAAGAUCGCUGACGUAGCUCUCAGCAUCCUGGCCAACUGUUGUAUGGAGGGGGAGACGAGGCGUGAGGUACGAAAAACAAGAGGACUGUCACCAUUAGUGAACCUUCUGAAAGUGUUAAAAUCCGACAGCCUGCUGAACCGUGCAUCCCGAGCCAUCGCCAACCUUGCUCUCGACGUCACCAACGCGCAGGUCAUCCACAGUCUCAAGGGAGUCCCUGCUCUCAUCGACGUCCUCAACAACACGGAAAGUAGCGAGUGCCGCCAGAGCGUAGUCCGUGCCGUCCGGAACCUCGCGGAUACGGAGGAGCACAGAGACGAGGUGAUUCGCUGCGAGGGUCUCCAGGCCGUGGUGGAACUGCUCAAGCUAGACGACGUCCCGCUUGUUACCCAAGCCGUGCGGACAGUCACCCAACUGACCAAGAACUGCACGUUUGAGUGUGCGCGGCAGGUCUCGGAGGGAACGGGGAUAUCGUCACUAGUCGAACUGGCCUCGCACGUCAAACCAGUCAUAAAAAAGGAAGCCCUUCUCUCGCUCGUUAACCUGACCUCACAUGGCAGCAUUAGGCCCGAUAUCGGAAACGCAGGCGGGAUACAAGUCUUCGUAAGAGAGAUAAAGGCUAGUCAGGACAUCUCUAAUGUUUUACCGUUGGUAAAUGCUUUAUGUUUGUGCUGCAGGGAGGCUAUCAACAGGCUCAGGGUUAGAGAACUCAAAGGACUUGAACUUCUAGUUUCUCUGUUGAAGUCUCCGUCUUGUAAAGAUGUCCAUGAGAGACUUGUGGGGACUUUCCUGUGCUUUUUCUAUGACGAGCCCAGCUUGGAGGUGCUACGGGGCGAGGGACUUAUUCCUCUGUUAAUGGCCAAACUACUGGACAGUGUUAGCGUCUCAUCCACAGACGAAGAUUUGAGAGACAGCGGAAAGUCUGCCCCCUCUUCGGCUUGGUUUUCUGCCUCAUGCGACUUCCCGACGGAGUUUAACCGAUUCCCCGAUCCGUUAACCCCGUCUAACAAGGCCUCCAGUUUUGUCAGCAUGCAGACGUGGCUGCAGCAGCAGCCGGAGUAUUCCUCCGAGCUCGGGCAGCUCAGUCCGGGAAGCGCCAGCCCGCAGUGGUCACCGGCAAGCAGUACCGUGUCCUGCUCGGACUCAAGCGACGGGAACGAGGAACCCGCGCCGCGAGUCUUCAGCCCCCAGAUACACUGGACAGAGGAAGAUGAGACACUACCGGAAAGAGAGGAAGACGAGAGCGAGAGCAACUCUGAAGGUGUUGAGGAUGCAGCACAGUUAGAGCCGUCAACAUCCGUAGAUACCAGCAUGCAAGAACCUCCUUGCUCACCCGUGUCUGUGUCAGAGGACGGACCAGAAUCAACAACAUUUCACCCCAUAAGAACAGAUGCUUGCUCCGAUUACUCCCCAUCUAGUCCUCCUAGGAAGCGGCGACGCCCAAGCUCUAGCCCGGGUCCCAGGCUUCAGCCAGGCAGUAGAAGUCCGCAGGCUAGCGGCAGCCCCCCUGCACGGGAAUUCAGAAGAGAUGAAACCACUGAAAGCGUAACGGGGGACGUUGUGCCAGGCAGCCCCGUAGGACUGAUUCCCUUAACAACAGACCACAUGAUGAAUCCGUCCUCUCUAUCCUGUGCCCCCCUGGUGAUCAGAGUGGAAGAGCCCAAAGACAUGGAGCACAACAUCCUUCUCCUCCUCUCUAGGUACUCCCAGAUGGUAGAUCCCAGCGGUUGCCUGGUUACCAAACAGUGUGUGAAUGGACUGGUAGACUACAUUCACUCGGCCCCGCACCCAAACCCCCGCUGCACACGCAUCCUCAACCGCCUCACCUGUAAUCCCAACUGUUUCGAAGCCUUCAUCACAGCCCACGCCCUGCAUAAAAUACACAACACACUCAUGGCAACAUCAACCCACACACAUCAUAGUGAUCAGAGUGUUACGGUAGCUGAGGACACCAGCGGAGAAACAGUUUGUAAAGACAACACGAUUGUUGAAGACAAGGAAGACCAAGAUAUGAACGAGCCAAGUUCUGUGUGCAGUACACCAAGGAAACAGAAGACGGAGGAUAGCACUGGAGACGGAAGAUCGGAGAGUCAGUACGGUGUCGGGUUGUCUCUACUCAGGAACCUGAGCGUUCAGGCGGAGUCGUCAUACGGCAAUGGGAUCCUGACGCAUCUCCUAUCCACUGUCACAGAUGUGGAGAGGACUGCGUGUGCUCUGGCACUGCCCUAUCUCUGCAGGAGCAGAGCACUGAGAACAAAGAUGCUGAUUGAAGAGAGAGGACUUCAGCGUCUUGUAGACAUUGUUCAGAACAGCAAAGAUGAGCUGCUGUCCCUCGCAGUGGACAGUGUUGUCAUGGUAAUGUCAGGAUGGGACAAAAGGGACCAAGACAACUCAGAUAUAGAGGCAGAAGGAUCUGACUUGAAGGAAGACUCUACCACAGACAUUGAGACGUUGGGAAGUACAAGUGAAGUGACCAAAGCAGUGGAAUCUGUACACAUACAAACAGGUACGCCUGAGUGUAGAUAUGAAACACUGUCGGACCGACAUGACGUCGUUUUCAGACUGGAAGACAAGUCUGCUGUCUCGGGAUGCAGACGAGUCAUAGCGGAGAAAUCCGCGGUCUUUGCCGCCAUGUUGGAAGGGCAUUACUCCGAGUCGGCCCAGAGCGAGGUCAACAUCACGGGCGUUUCUCAUGAUGCGUUUUUGUAUCUCGUACACUUUAUACAUGGAUGUAGGCAUAAUGACUGUACUGCAAUGACAACGAUUUGUAUUAAGGAGGGGGAUAGUGUAGAGACUAGCCAGCCAGAACAGCCAGUAGGACUGGAGAUUUUGGCUGUGGCUAAUAAGUACCUUCUGCCAACGCUGCAGGACAGUAUGGCGGAUGUGAUGUUACAGCAAACGUUGUACAUAUCACCUGGAAGCGUGUUGAAACUGUACUUGUACGCGGUGCACCACAGGUGCGAAAGGCUCGUAGAACACUGCGUCCGUUUCCUCACGUGCGGGAAGAUGUCGAGAGAGGAGAGAGUGAAGUGUUUCAGGGACUUAGCUGACUGUGGAGAAGAGAAACCUGCAUUUCACAAACUUGAAGAAAUUCUCAAGGCUUACGUGUGAUCAAGAUGCGUUAAUAUGGUUAUAGGGCGAAGACAUGGAGAAGGGCUGACACCUUAGUUAGUCCUUAAAAGAUCAGCGAAUUUUUGUUCAAAAGGUUAUGGUUCAAUUGACUCAGAGUGGAGAAAUUGAAAUGUUUUUAGACUCUUUAAUUCCCAUGAAGGUUUAUCUUGACAGAAACUAUUGAUGGAUGUAGUUUCUACGAUUUUUUUUUUGUGAGCAGCUGAUUAAAAGUACGAAUCCAACCAAAU